AUGAGCUUGCUCUCAGUUAACACAGUCGAUCGGCUGGAUCGUCCCAGUGCCUACUAUGUUGGCAAGAAUAAGCGACGCAGAUAUAACGACCGCGACGAUGACAGAGGAAGAGAAGAAGACCCCGUGGACAAGUUGCGUGGUGCUACGACACUCUACGUGGGCAACCUGUCUUUCUACACUACCGAGGAACAGAUCCACGAGCUCUUUUCAAAGUGCGGCGAAAUCAAGCGCCUAGUCAUGGGCCUCGAUCGGUUCAACAAGACCCCCUGCGGCUUCUGCUUUGUUGAAUACUACACCCACCAGGAUGCUCUGGACUGCCUGAAAUACGUCGGAGGUACCAAGCUGGACGAGCGCAUUAUUCGAGCUGACCUGGACCCCGGAUUUGAGGAGGGCCGUCAAUAUGGACGUGGCAAAUCUGGAGGACAAGUUCGUGACGAGUACCGUGAAGAAUACGACCCCGGCCGCGGUGGUUAUGGCCGUGCAUACGACGAACAGCGUCAACGGGAAGAGGAUGAGUACGGUGCCGGACGGUAG